UGACAGGCGGACAAACCUCUGAUUUUUCACAAGUUGAACCACGUACUAAUAAAUCACAGAACCAGCCAGUCACAGCUCGAGUUAGUUUUGACCCUUUCUCUACUCUCGAGGCUAUUUAAACGGCCGUGGAAGGUUGGGUCGCAUUCAGAAUCAACUGUCGUUUCAGAAUCAACUGUCGUUUCAGAAUCAACUGUCACUUCAGAAUCAACUGUCACUUCAGAAUGAGGGCUCUGGUGUUUCUCCUGCUCGUGGCCGCCGCGAGCGCCAAAGUGUUUUCGCGGUGCGAGCUGGCGAGGACCCUGAAGGCCGCUGGAAUGGACGGCUACCGCGGGGUCUCACUGGCAAACUGGGUCUGCUUGACCAAGUGGGAGUCAAACUACAACACAGCCGUCACUAACCGCAACACCGACGGGUCGACGGACUACGGCAUCUUCCAGAUCAACAGUCGCUGGUGGUGUAACAAUGGCGUGACCCCCACUUCAAACGGCUGUAAUAUCCCGUGCUCCAGACUGCUGUCCUCAGACAUCAGCGCUGCGAUUACGUGUGCCAAGCGUGUGGUCAGAGAUCCCAACGGGAUCAGCGCAUGGGUGGCCUGGCGGAACCGCUGUCGUGGAAAAGACCUCAGCCAGUACGUCGCGGGCUGUGGGGUGUGAGACAGGCACCCAGCAGGAGAAGCACCUUCUCUCCUUCCCUCCCUCUUCUGUGAUCACUCGCUUAUGAUUUUCCAAACCCGACGCCCCCACAAAGGCUCAACGGUGUAACACUUGUCUUUGAUUCCCUUGCUUGUCUGUAUUAAAAAUGAGUAAGAUAUAAAGCUUCUGCAAAAAAUUGCUACAUCUAAUUUUUUCCCAUCAACCCUUUUGCUUUCAUUGGCUAAAUUACUUCAAUAAAGACAUACUUUGCAUUUGCA